GUGAAGCGACGCUUCUUUAGGCUCUGUAGCUGUGUUUAAAACUGAAUAUAUUUUUAAUAUGGCUUUUUGCGACGUGUAUGAUUGUAAAAAUCGGCUCACUCGAAAUGCGUCCAUUAGAAUCUUUCGAGUACCACCGGGAAUGCAUCCGUACCUGGCGAAUAAGAGGCAUUUAUGGCAGGAAGCUAUCCGAGAAGCAAAUGGAAGCAAACAACAGACGCCCUUGACCAACCCGCGUGUCUGUGAAGCUCAUUUCAUAUCAGGUGAAGCUUCAUCAGACUUUGAUAGCCCUGACUUUGUGCCCUCUGUGUUUCCACGCACUGAAAAAAGCAAGACCGAUACACAAGAAAGCAAGAUCGACACACCCCAAAGGAAGACCGACACACCCCAAAGGAAGACCGACACACCCCAAAGGAAGACCGACACACCCGAAAAGAAGACUGACACACCCCAAAGGAAGACCGACACUCCCCAAAGGAAAACCCGCUCACAACAACUAAAGUCUGACACACAAGAAAGCGAGACCGACACACCACAAAGCGAGACCGACACACCACAAAGCAAGACUGACACACAACUAAGGAAGACCCGCUCACAAAAACUCAAGACCGAUACACAAGAAAGCGAGACUGACACACCACAAAGGAAGACCCGCUCACAACAACUGAAGACCGACACACAAGAAAGCAAGACCGACACACAACUAAGGAAGACCCGCUCACCACAAAUCAAGACCGACUUAGUAGAAAGCGAGACUGGCACGCCACAAAGGAAGACCCGCUCACAACUAAAGUCCGACACACAAGAAAGCGAAACUGACACACCACAAAGGAAGACCCGCUCCCAACAGCUCAAGACUGACCUACAAGAAAGUGAGACUGACGCACAACUAAGGAAGACCCGCUCACCACAACUCAAGACACACACACAAGAAAGAGAGACUGACACACAACUAAGGAAGACCCGCUCACCACAACUCAAGACACACACACAAGAAAGAAAGACCUGCUCACAAGACACCAAGACUGACGCGCAAAAAAGAGAGACUGACACACAAGAAAGCAAGACCUGCUCACCAGAAAAGAAGACCCACACACAGGAAAAAAAGAAGCGCAAGCAAAACAACGAAUGGCUUUUCUGUGCUCGGAAAAGACGCCGCUGCAGAGCUGCAUCAAAAAAGGAUGAGGCAGCACCCGACCUUCAGACUUCACCUUUAAAGGAAGCUCAAAAGAAGCUUUCAGAAGAAGAAGACACGCCUUCAUCUCCAUCAGUGCUGAAGGUAGCUGCCUCAAACUGUUUCACAUCACAUAAAAGUAAAGUGUAUUUUCACAGAUGCAAUAUUUUUCUAAAUGAACAAGAUUUUUAGAUCCUCAAAUGUACAACUUUAAACAUUUGGGUUUGCCUUUUUGCCGCAUCCUACUCUCCCACAUUGCUCUCUCAUGUGAAUUGUGUUGUGUGCUUUCAAGGCUGGGGAGACAUUGACUGAAGACAAAGGUGCUGAAAAAGCAUUGAAUUCCCACAUAACACUCAGGCUAAAUGGGAUCCCACCGUCGGUACCAGCAGACAUCACAGCGCUGAUCCAGAAUAGUCCCGUGGUGCGGUUGAAGCGUCUCAUCUCGCCAACGGGUGGAUUUCGGUGCGAGUUGUGCAGUGAGACCUUUACCAGCACAUCGCUGCUUGUAAAGCACAAAAAGCUGCACGAAAACUUGCCCUUCAUCUGUGAGAUCUGUGGCAUAAGCUUCAUGCUCCAAAAGGAAUUUACCGAGCACCAGGGGAACCACCCGAAACUGGAGCCGUAUUUUCCCUGUAAUUUAUGCGACCGGUCGUUUUCUACGGCCCAGCAGCUGAAACGCCACAAACUGCUCCACGUUAAAGACGGCAGGAAGUGCCUGAAGUGCGGCACGCUGUUCUGCCGGCGUCACAACCACGUUUCAUUCCUGCCCAAGAUCAAAUCGGACACUGAGAGAGAGUCUGAAGGAGAACCGGCGAGCGAAGAAUCACAAGAGGUCGACUCUGAAAGGGAAGACGCAAGAAUGGAGACGGAGCCGAGUCAGGAGGCUGGAACACCGCGCAGCGCCGAGAGCACCAUGAUAAUACCGCAGAGAAGCUAUCCUCUUGUCUUGUCUGUGCUCAGAGUCCUGAAAGUUCAUAAGAGCCCCAAAGCCCCGCCCCUGCCACGACCCCCACCCCCACACACAAAACACCUCCCAGAAGUCUCUUCACCAGCAGCAGAAACGUCACUCAUGUCCUCUCCUGCUCCUCGUCUUCCUCCUCCUGAUGCUCCUCAUCUUCCUCAUGUUUCUUCUCCUGCUGCUUCUCAUCUUCCUCCUGAUGCUCCUCAGCUUCCUCCCCCCGAUGCUCCUCAUCUUAAUCUUGAUUCUCCUCAUCUUCCUCAUCUUUCUUCUGCUGCUGCCUCUCAUCUUUCUUCUCCUGCUGCUCCUCAUCUUCCUCCUCCUGAUGCUCCUCAUCUUCCUCCUCCUGAUGCUCCUCAUCU